AUGUCUCCAGGAGGGCUCCUCAAGGGACCUGCGUGGCUGAUGCCCAUGAAGGGAGCGGAUAACAGAGUGGGCAAGUUCAUGAACGGGAACGAGCUGGCCAACAGAGCAUGGGACCAGAUAUUCAGUAAUCUGUCCACUAAGCACAAGGAGUUCCCGGCCAUGGAAGAUGGAGACACCCUGCUCUCCAUCCGUCGGAAGCUUCGAUGUCUGCUACCAGAGGGCGAGGCAGGAACGUACCUGCCAAAUCAGUUGCGAAUAUGGGCAGCGUUUCUGGACCAGCCCAUGUGCGUCCCUGACGAAGACCUGGCGGAGAUUCUUACGCUGGAACGUUGCCAAUACCCCCCUCUUCUCAGACACGUUAGAGACAAGCACUCACAAGUCUUCUACAUUACCUCAUGGACCAUCACCCUAGAAGAGCUGAAGCGACUUGUCCAACACCUCCAGAAGGAAGAGAAGACCUUCCGGGAGCUGAAGCGAUGGCUAGUAGUGGCCAAGACUAACGGGUUACAAGCUCGAGACACCCUCACGAUCCGCUACAUUGGUUCUUGUGAGCUUCUAGAGUGGCCCUUGGGUCCCCUGACCAAGCCAUACGACGAGUUCGCAAAGCCCUACUCCGGAGUGUUCGCCGAGUUCCUCUCGGCCGUCAAGGUAGCAUUCCCAGCCGUCGCCGCGACAGCUCGGAUGCACCUGCUACGGGACAUCGUCGCAUCGCCACAUGAAGACAAUGAGCUCAUUCUUCAGGUCCUGCUUGAGUUCUUCCGCUCCAAGACCCUCGUCAAUCGAUGGCCAGUGGAGAAUUUCCGGGAGAACCACGAAGAGGACUGCGCCGUCGGCGAACUGGGCACCUCUUUUCACGAGAACAUGAUCAAGCACGGAGCCGUGUGUCCCGACAAGUACACUGGAGCCCUGCGAGCGCACUUCAAGAACGUGAUGAACUACGUCAACGCGAACCCAGCCGAGACGGGCACCAUUAGCAAGCAGCUCGCAUUCACCCCUGGACUGUGCACGACCCUCCUGGACCAGUCCGUACCGAUCUUGUUCCAGGGUAAGAAGGCCAUGAUGGUACUCGCAGGCAAAGGUAUGCACCUCAACGACUACAUAAACGCCCGGUCCUUCUUCAGGGGCGCCAACAAGGACUCGCAUGCCAUGAGCAAGCUGGUCGACUACGUAGCCCGUCUUGAAGGCAUGGCCACACCCCGUCCCGGGUUCUUCAGCUACUACUGCCUAGCACCAUGGCCCAAGCACGACGACGACCUCGAGCAAGCGACCUCACAGUACCAGUUACUAACCAACAGGGCACGGGCACAGAUUUUCCUAGGCGAGUACCUCGGCAUAGUGCAGCCCCUGAUCCUAGUGACCUUCGGCAAGACAAUGGCCUCACUCAUAGUCCGCGACAGCGACAGCGACAACCGCAGCUCAGCGGCCACCCUCACAACAUCCGACUUCCUCUCCCUAGUCGGCCGCCCCGCGGCCCGGUCCUGGGACACCAGCCACUUCAUCCACAUCCCGCUGCCCUCACCCAACGCGGCCCGAUACCACGAAACACACACCACAACCAGCCUGGCCAUCUUCAUGGAGAUCGCGUUCGUCGUCGCGGUCAUGACGGCCGACAUCGCGAUGGAUGUCCUGAGCACUAGCAGUAGCAACCACGACGUCGACGGGGAGGACACUGACGACGCUGACGACGACCUGCAUAGUAAGCGGGUGCGCAAUAUGCUUCUCCGGCGCAUCGUGGAGGAGCUGCGGCACGAGGUGUGGCGGACUAUGCGGGAUCCGUUUGAUACGGCGUUGGAGUGCGUGAGGCAGUUGGUAUUGGCUGAUCCUCUGUUGAUACCCUGA